ACGCAGGGCGUAGCAAAUCAGGUAGGCGAAAUCGGAGCAGAGGCCAGGGACGCGCCAGCGCGAGCGAUAAGGCACACUGACAUGGCCGCCACGGCGUACUCCACCGCGCUCCCCGGCGGGGCGCGCCUCCCCGCUGCCGGAGCCGCCGCACCGCCCUCUGCCCUCCUCCUCCCGCGGCGUAAUAAACUGUCUCCGCUCCCUCUCCGGCUCCAAGAUGCGCCGAGGCUGUCGUUGCUCCGGGUGAAGGCCUCCUCCGACGACUCCUCGGCCGCGAGCGGGGACGAGCUCAUCGCCGACUUGAAAGCCAAGUGGGACGCCGUCGAGAACAAGAGCACUGUCCUCACCUACGCCGGCGGCGCUGUCGUCGCUCUCUGGCUGACGUCCGUCAUCGUCGGCGCCAUCAACUCCGUGCCUCUGCUCCCCAAGAUCAUGGAGCUUGUCGGCCUCGGCUACACCGGAUGGUUCGUCUACCGCUACCUUCUCUUCAAGGAAAGCAGGAAAGAGCUCGCCGACGACAUCGAGUCGCUCAAGAAAAAAAUUGCUGGGACAGAGUAAAACAUGUUGUUCUCGUGAAACUUUUUUUGGACGAUUCUUUCGGGAACACGUUGCCUCUUGUCUAGACUCCAGAUCAGUGCUACAUGUCUUUGCACUUUUUUUUUUGUUGCAUACCUUAUGUCCUCGUCUCUCUGGAGAGCUUUGUACGACGAUGGAGAACAACAGUGUACGAUCGAACUGGACGCCAUCCUCGGGGAUUGUUUUCUUAAAAUGAAAUAGGGUAUGUAUCCGGGUUUUCUUUUCA